GUCCGCACCUUUGCUGACCAACUGCCAGAUCUCGAUAGCCAGUUGCUGGACCGUUUGAAUCCAAACCCAGCGUCUUUUUUCGUUUGAGUUUCUAUUCUCGCACGCUAAUAGUUCGUUUGCAUAUAAAACUUAGAAUAGGAUGCUACCAGUUUCUCAGUUGAAAAUGAUCGUGUACAUUUCCUUAGCGCUAAUUGUACUUUCAACGGCCAAACUGUGCCAUGCGGAUGCUGAAGUCGAUUCCUCCGGCGAUGUACGGCACAAACGGGGACCUACGGUGGGACUGUUUGCAUUUCCGCGUGUCGGCCGUUCUGAUCCAGACCUGGCGGAAUGGGGAAACUCUGCACUUCCAGCUGAACUAGCGGAUGAUUAUGAAGACUAUCCUAUCCGAGAGUUUAAACGACAGGGAAUGGUCGCGUAUCCUCGAGUUGGACGCUCGGGGCCGACUAUGGUUCGCUACUGGCCUAAGUCGAUGCAACAGAAACGUGCCGGGAACUCAGGCGCCAACGGUGGUAUGUGGUUUGGUCCCCGGCUAGGUAAACGUGCCAACUCGGCUAUCAGCGAGAUCAAAGGUGAACAAUUUUAAAUACAGGUAACGAAGUCUACACACCACGUCUUGGCCGAGAUUCAACAGGAAGCUCCUACUUCAACAGGCUGCUCGGCUAUAAAAUAUUUUUCCGAACCUCGCGCUCGCAGAAAAACUGAAUUGGAAACGAUGACUCUUUUCACCAUGGAAAUUUAUAAUUUACCUAUCGUUGAAGAUCAGACAAUGUGUUUUCAAAUGAUUAUUGAAUAUUAAAUUGACCGCUGAAGAUUCACUCUGGAUAUACAAUCUAAAAAAAAGGCUGGGGAAAGCUUGUUUAGAAUGUACAGGGAAGAGUUCUUGUAAACAAGCUUUCUAAUAAACAAUCGGAGCGGAACUAUAGCUAGCAAUUUGAUGUCUUUUGAACAUGUAAUUUAUAAGAGAUUUUAUUCACGAAUGGAAUGUCACAUAGCACAAUUUGCUCUCUAUAUGAAAACAUACAUAAGACUCUCACAGUAGCAUUUAAUAUUAGCAAUCGUUCAUGUAAGAAAGUUAUACAAGAUUGUAAAUAAAGAGCACAGUAUAUUCGCAUUUGUAA